AUGGUGCCUGUAUCAUCUUUACCAUCCCCAUUUUCCCCAUCUCCACAACAAGGGGGAGAUUCUCUCGAUAUUGGAGCCCCAGAUUUGUCACACUUAAGCGAAGAAGAACGCCAAAUAAUUUUACAAGUAUUGCAAAGACAAAAAGAUGAGGAAAGAAAAGAAGAAGAAAUUGCUCAAAAAGGAAAUCAAGAACUUUGGGAUAUUGAACGACAAAUUCAAGAACGUAAAGAAAAUGCUCAAAAAUUAAUUGGGACACAAGAUGACGCUAUUUGCCAAAUUUGUCAAAAAACUAAAUUUGCUGAUGGGAUUGGGCAUAAGUGUUUUUAUUGUCAAUUGCGAUCUUGUGCUCGUUGUGGGGGUAAAACAACUAGCAAAAAUAAGAAUAUUUGGGCUUGUUCUCUUUGUCAGAAAAGACAACAAAUUCUGGCUAGAACGGGGAAGUGGUUCCAACAACAACAAACACAUUUAAAUGACAAUGUUUUUCAAGAACAAACAACACAACAACAUCAAUUACCACAAAAGUCUUCAGAUUUUUCAAUUUCCGAACAUACAAAGACAACACAACAAAAUGAAAAAUUACAAAGAAAACAAAGUUUAUCGUCACAACAACAAAAACGAACUUCUCUUACCCGCCAAAACACAUUAAAAAGACAACAAACAAUGCAGUCAGACGACAAAAACAUGAAACAACAACCUAUAAUAAAUGGAACAACAGAAGAAUUACCAAAAACAUCUAAUGAAACAUUUAGAUUGAACGGUCAGACACGCAGAAGUAUUAAACAACAAAGAGAACACAACAACAACGAGAGUUUUAAACAACAAAGUUUUAAUGUCCAGAAUUCUUUGGAUGAGGAAAACAAUAACAACAACAGAGAAAAAGAAAAUGUUCGAAAAACAUUACAAAAACAAGUUUCAAACAAAGUUGGUAACGCUUUACCGAGGCAACAAACACAACAACAGCAUAACUUACAACAACAACAAAGCCUUUCCCAACAACCAACAACAUCACCUAUACAACUACAACAACGCCCUUCAACUUCCGGCCAAGCACGCUUAAAUGAAUCAGCCUUAAAAAAUCAACAACAAAAUUCAUUGGACUUUGCUUCCUCGGAUCCUCCCCAAUCUUUAAAACAGUCUCCACGAAUUAUGCGGACUGAAGGAGGCCAAAUAACAACAGCUAACGACAAUAAUAUUAUAGCUUCAGCAUUACCUAACCAAAAUAGCGGCGCUUCUUCUAUUCGACAACAACAACCUUCUUCACCUUCUUCCAAAAUAUCCACCAAUUUAAUCCCAAAUAAUAAUGACAGCCCCAACAAUAAUUCCUUGCCUUUGUUAAAAACACGUCGAAACAAAAUGACAAUAACAAAUAGACAACAACAACAAAUACAUUCUUCUUGCCCUUCUUCUUCUGAUGAACAAAUUAUUAGUUCUCCAAAACAAAAACAAAUUGAUAGACAAAUAAAACAACAAAUAAAACACCAACAAACAUUACAACAACAACAUUGUUUACCACAAAGUACUUCACUUCAACUUGAACAGACAAACAUUAAAAAAGAAGAGCCUGACUUUUCAGAAAAAGGUAAAACACGUUUUUGUAUUUUAAAUUAA